ACGAACUUCAGAGAAUUUCCAAAGCAGGUAAAGGUUUUAUGUCUACAUUAGUCUAUAUACGAACUACGUUUUAAAAGAGGUUUCAGCUAUAAUGUCAAAGACGCACAGUCCAUCCCAUUUUAAUGGAGAAAUAGAUAACUUUUAUGAGUCUAUGGACAUUAACACGCGGAUGCAAGUUCCUAAAAGCAUUCGCGUAAAUGGAGAUUAUCCAAACGAGGAAAUUACUAUCACAAACAGAGCUACAUGGAAUCAAAUACCUGGUAUGGAGAAACUUGAAAUGCAUGUGCCAGAUAGGAUUCUUGUUGUUGGACAAGAGCAACAUGUUGGCACCAAGGCACCCCCACCAGAGAUUGUUUUAGAGAAUGCUGUAAUGCGCACUGAGCCUGCUAUAGUUAGAGUACAGACACCUCCGAGAAUUUUGACUUUAGACAAUCACUACUUCCCAGCAGUGGACGAAGAUGAUCCUCUUGAACAUCACAAUGAAGUUGUAAAAUCAAUGGAUGUAGUUCCUAAAACAUAUAAUGCAGAAACACAAAUAACAAGACAAGUCAGAGAACAAACACCCUUUAAUGCUCUUGACGUGUCUCUGCCACCCAGUGAAGAAGUUCAACAUUUGCGCCGCCAAGUAGGUAAAUUAAAUCGGAGAGUGAUGGCACUCGAAUUAGAUAUGCUACAUCGCCAGCAGAGAGACAAGCUUCUCUAUAUCGCGACUAUUGCGUACUUUAUUUUAAAAGCUUUCUCCUGGAUAACUAGAAACUGAAACAAGUUAAUCAAAAAGGGAGAAAGAGAUACCAGAGAUAUUUAUUUCUUUAAAACGAAAAAUGUUAAACCAGCAUCUCGAGCCGCUCUUGCUGUAAGAAAGUAUAACCAAAGACUUUUUAUCACAGCCUCGUACAAUUAACCAUCGAAGGUAAAGGACAAUGCAGACACAAGAGCAUACCUAUGUGAGAGUGUUUCUAUAUCAUACGAUUGAAGAAGGACAGAUUACAAAUGUAACAAUCUUAUUGUAUUAAAAGUAAAUCUCUCUCUUAACUUUAAAAGACAUAUAUGUACUCUUAGAUUUGACAAUAUGUAUAUGUUAUUAAUGUAUAUAUACAGCAUUCGGGAAAUGAAUAAACUGGGUUAAUUUUCACAUAUGAAUAGAUCAAAUGAUAGUCAUCGAGUUGAGUACCUCGAUUUUCUUUCUCAGAUUUAAUGACAAUCUUGAAAAAGAUUUUUUGUGUGAUAUCACAAACUGUUUGUUGUUACAUUAAUUCGAGUAGUAUUUGUUCCUUAGCAAUUGUUUUCUCUUUGUGGCCAUAGCAGUUAGAAUUGUAAUCUUAUCUGAUCAUAUAUUGUGACUAAUAAAGAUCAAUAAAGUUAUUAUUAUUAAAA